UGUUGGUAGUGGCUGUAUGGCACAUGUGUGUGGAGUGUGUGAUGUGUGUGCAGGUAGGAUAACCUCAGGCUGGCACAAUGGAGAGAAAGGAAUUCUUCGCCUCCUUACUGGCCGGUGGGUCAGCUGGGAUGUGCGUGGACCUUAUCUUAUUUCCUCUUGACACUAUUAAAACCAGACUACAGAGCCCUCAAGGGUUUUCCAUGUCUGGGGGCUUCCGUGGCAUCUACGCUGGCGUCCCAUCCACAGCUAUUGGAUCAUUUCCCAAUGCGUCUGCUUUCUUUGUGACAUACGAAACCGUGAAAUGUUGGCUACACUCCGAGUCCUCCUCUUACCUCUCUCCACUAGUGCACAUGGCAGCCGCCUCUAUGGGGGAAGUGGUUGCUUGCCUUAUUCGUGUUCCCUCUGAGGUGGUCAAGCAGAGGGCACAAGUGUCUCCUUCCUCCACUACGUACCAGAUGUUUGCCGCCACGCUGCACCAUGAGGGUAUAAGGGGUCUAUAUCGAGGGUAUAAAAGCACAGUACUGAGAGAGAUCCCAUUUUCUUUGGUCCAGUUUCCACUGUGGGAAUAUCUAAAGGAUCUCUGGUCUUGGAAGCAGGGCCGUCCGCUCGAUUCUUGGCAGUCUGCAGUCUGUGGAGCUUUUGCAGGUGGGUUUGCAGCUGCAGUCACGACACCGCUGGAUGUAGCGAAGACCCGCAUCAUGUUGGCAAAGGCCGGAUCAACUACUGCAGGAGGAGAUGUGUUCCUUGCCCUUACAGGUAUAUGGAAAACACAAGGCUUUACUGGACUAUUUGCCGGCAUGGUCCCCAGGAUGGCGGCAAUCAGCCUCGGUGGCUUCAUUUUCCUCGGAGCUUAUGAGAAAGUGCGCAGUUUGCUUCUAUGAUGAAUCCUGGAGGAUCUGCAAUAGGAGACGAUGUAUGGACUCUCCCGACAAUAGAUGGGCACAGGAGCGAAGCAGUUAUGCUGAAGGAUUGUCAUCACACAGCAUAACAGCUGAGACA